ACCAUUCAGUGCACCAUGAAGCUGUUCUUGACUAUUUUGGCUUGUUUGGCCCUUACUCAGGCGGCCGAGAUCCGCUAUGAGGAAAUCGUGUCCGUUCGCGAUGCCCAGAUGCGUCAGAAGGAUACCCGUAUCGUCAACGGACAUCCUGCGCCAGCUGGACGUUUCCCGUAUCAGGUCCAUCUGACUGGUUUCACCAAUGCUGGAGCUCUGUCCUGCGGUGGUUCAGUCAUCUCGUCCACCUGGGUUCUGACUGCUGCUCACUGUCAAGUCAACGUCAACAGCUUCAACAUCAUCCUGGGAUCGCACCUGCGUAAUGCCCCGUACCAGACCCGUACCUCGGCCCAGAUCGUCAUCCACCCCAACUACAACCCGAACAACUUGAACAACGACAUCGGUCUGAUCCGUAUGGGAACUCCAGUUACUCUGGGAGGAAACAUCCAUGCCGUCCGCAUUCCUCAUCACGGAACUAGCCACACCAUUCCCGGAUCUCGUGCCACCGUUUCCGGAUGGGGCCUUACCUGCCAGGGAACUGGCUGCGUGAUCCCGAACGAAAUGCGAUGGGUUGACAUGAGCAUCAUCUCGAACGCCCAGUGCGCCCAGACCUACGGAAAUGCCGUCAUCAUCGGAUCCACCAUCUGUGCCCUCGGAGCUGAUGCCAUCAACCAGAACCCAUGCAGUGGAGAUUCUGGCGGCCCAUUGACCUAUGGAGGUACCCAGGUUGGUGUUGUUUCCUUCGUUGCUGCCGCUGGAUGCGCUUCCGGUCUGCCUUCCGGAUACGUCCGUACUGAAUCCUUCACCAACUGGAUCGAGAGCCACACUGGACAUCUGCCCAGAUAAAAAGGUUUUGAUUUCGGAUGUUUGAUGAAAUAAAUCUAAAUUUAUGAAUCAAUCGUA